GUACAAUGUGAGAGAUCAUGAUUUAUUUCCUGGGAGGGCUGGUGCCCUUGGUUAACAUAAUAAGCAUAGGUUACAAAGAGGUUACAUGGCGUCCCCAGCCCUGGAGUGCUUUAAUUAGAAAGAUACUCGCGUAGAUUAAAGUCUUAGCCGUACUCAGCUCCUCCCCUGACCUAGAGGAAGCCACAGCUGUAGAGAACCUGCCGCAUUACAGAACAUUGCCAAGGUGUCUCCAAGUUCACCUGUGAGCCUGUGCAGGCCCCCAGGAAGCAGACUGAGAGGAGCAGCCGCUACGUAAGGAUGAUUCCACCCACAGGCACUCCCGCCUGGUGGAUCAGAAUGCUGGAAGGGUGACACCUAUCAGAGAAACGCUUGCCCGCGAGAGAAGGCUCAUCUUCUAGUGUCAACCUGCUGGCUCACCCCAACUGAGUUGCGUGUGUGUGUGUGUGUGUAUGCCCCAGCCACACGACCAGUGAAGCAGUACAAAAGCCCAGCCAACCCCAAAGCAAAUCUUACACAGUCCAUAGCAUCCAAUGAGUGAAAAUGAUGGAGCCAAAGAAUUGUUGUUGUGUAAUGAAGCACUUUGGGUUUUCUCUCUCUCUCUCUGGACUCAGUUUGCAACAACAGGAUGCUGUGCCCAGGGGCUGGUAUUUGGGAAUUCUACCACAGCCCUAAAAAUCAGUCAGCCCUGAUUAACUAAAUUGCAACAGGACUACAGAUGAAGCCCUGCUGUGCUUGUAAUUUAAAAUUGACAAACAGGUAGCGAGAGAGGGACGGACAGCAUGAGCAGCGCUUGCUUUGCCUGGGAAAUUAGCUUGGUGCAUGGAGGCAGAGGGCAGCCAGCUGCAUCUGGCCGCGUGUUUGGUUAUGGGAACCAUCUGCCUCUGUGCACGGAGGAGUUCGCCACGCUAAUCCAGCUUACAACCGGCAAAGCGCUCCGCGCUGUCAUCAUGCCCUUGAGGAGAGGAGACGGUGCAGAAUCCUGCACUCUCCCACGGGCUGCGGGCGUUGAGAAUAUUUGCAGGUUUUGUCCUGGCUGGUUUGGAGGGUUGGAUUUUUUUUUUUUUUUUUUUUUUUGACUCCCAGGUUUUGUCUGAGUUUGGGUUUGGUUUUUCCUGGGCCAGACACCAUGGCUUUCUUCAUGAAAAGUAUGAUCAGUAACCAGGUAAAGAACCUGGGAUUUGGAGGGGGUUCGGAAGAGAAAAAAGAAGAAGGAGGCGCGUCCGAGCCUGCUGCAGCUCACGGGAUGACGAGAGAGGAGUACGAAGAGUACCAAAAGCAAAUGAUCGAGGAGAAGAUGGAAAGAGACGCAGCAUUUACGCAGAAAAAGGCGGAGAGGGCGUGCCUCCGUGUCCAUCUCAGGGAGAAGUACAGGCUCCCGAAGAGUGAAAUGGAUGAGAAUCAAAUCCAGAUAGCUGGAGAUGAUGUGGAUUUGCCCGAAGACCUCCGGAAGAUGGUAGAUGAGGACCAGGAAGAGGAAGAGGAUAAGGAUUCCAUUCUGGGGCACUUACAGAAUCUGCAGAACAUGGACUUGGAUGCCAUCAAGGAGAAGGCCCAGGCCACCUUCACAGAAAUCAAGCAGUCCGCCGAACAGAAGUGCUGUGUGAUGUGAGGGACCAGCGCUAUCGGCAGACACGCCCGCUCUCGUGGCCGUGCCGAGCCGCAUAGAUUUCAACACAGCUAACCCAUAAAGCACCCACAAGCACAAGACAAGCGUGUUGUUGUUUGUGGCCCCGGCUAGCACCUUGCAAUAGGAAGCAUAGUUCGCUUGUAGUUACAAAUGUGGCUGAGAAUGAAAUGUCAGCUGUAACUGACCGGGCAGGACACAUGUCUGCUUAAACACCUUCAGGACCACCAGGAAGAAUCAGAUGCAAAGGGCAUUUCCCUUCCAGCUUGCUUCCCGAGAGAGCAGGGUCUCACCCUGUCCUGCCAUAGCAUGGCUCCAGGUUCCUUCUGAGAGCCAUGUGGAAAGCUAGGGCACCCGCUGAGAGCGAAGGAUGCAGACUCCAAGGCAACCAACGUCACGCCACCCCCUAGUCCCGGGCGCCUUGCGUUGCCGAUGCUUCUCAUCCAGGCGACACGUGGACACCAGUGGCUGUAGCAGGAAUGUGGCCAAGAACGAGGAGUGGAGGCAGAGAGCAGACUCCACCUGCCCUUCGCUUUGGAGAUCAGCCUUCGAGUGGUCACGUGAGGAAUGGACUUGAGAGAGGCAACACUGGAGACAGAUGGACAGCUUGAAGGCCGUUGCUGCUUGUGAGCUGAGUGUAACUCCUCUUGUCUAAACAUGCUGAUAGCAAUAGGAACAAAAAGAGUAGGCAAAUAUACAACAUGAAGAAAAUCAGUGUCUGUCUUGGUCUCUCCUCACCUGCCUCCUCCUCCUCUUCCUCUCCUCCUCCUCCUACACCUCGCUUCUUUCUCAUCCUCUUCUCCACUUCUUGCCUCCUCUCCCUAUCUCUUCUCCUCUCCUCUCCUCUCUCCUCCUCUCCCCUCCUCUCCUCUCCUCUUCUCUUCUCCUAUUCCUCCCCACCCACUACUCUUCAAUAAUUUCCAGUCAUUCUGCAUAUCUUCCAGGGUAGACCCCAAUUUCUUCUUCCUAAUGUCUCUCUUUCAAAAGAAAUUAUUCUUAGCAGAUUUGCCUUCAACACACAACGCUCAUUCACCAAAGCCAACCCAACCAAACCCAAAUAGCGGUUUUUCAUUGAAUCAGUUCAGUGGAACACUAAUGCUCAAAGACAGGUUUUGAUCUGGAAGAACAACUUUAUCAGGAGAAAGAGGAACUCAGACCCAAAAGUUAGGGGCUAACCUGUCCUAUACCCAGAGUUCCUGAAUGUGUUACAUGAGCAGAAGCUUCAUGU